AUGAACGGGCCUCUGGAAAUAUCGGACUUGAAGUGGUACGAGGACGGUGACGGGACCGACAAGGUGAAAGUGGUGCCAUUCACCGCCAGCAAAGUGGGCACCCAAACGGCCGUAACCCACAGCAACAACGAUGGCUUCGAGAGCGAACCGCCGCCCGAAGAGGUGGUCUCCCAGGGCGUCGCCGUUCAGUGCCUAAGUCUUCCCAACGAUCUGAACUUCAAAGUGGACGCUAGAGUAACGCACUUGUUGCCGACCGAAGAUAAGGAGCAUUUGCUCGUCGUCAUAUCCAGCGUCGAGCCGGCUAAAGCGAAAAUAGAAGAGGACACUGACGGUGACGGGGACACGAAGAUGGACGUCGACGACGUCGUGGAAACCCCGGAACGGCCGGAUAAGUCCGACGCGAAAGCGUACUUCAUACUUUACAAGAUCAACAGAAAAACUUCCGUUUACACCUUGGAAGACAACCCCGUGUCGGUCAAAGAGUUGUCGUACGACGAGAGUCCGGUCGACUUGUGUCUCCUGCCGGCGGACAAGUGCGAUUGCUAUUCGAUCGCCUCUGUAGGGGUGGACGGCGGCCUCAGGCUGUAUGCGUUGCUCGACUUCAAGGAGCUGUCGGAGAAGCGAGUGCCCAAGGGACAGUUCACGUCGGUCGUGUAUUGCGCGUCCGUCGAGCGGCUGAGCGUGGCCACCAAACACGGCAUGAUCUACUUCUACGCGCUGAACGACGGCGAGAAAGACACCGCCGGUGACGCCAACGAGGACAAGUUCCUCAACCUGGACUUCGACAUGAUGCUGUACGACACGUCCGGCCCCACCGCCGCGCCGGCCAUCAUCGCGAACAAAACCGAUCUGAAUCUCUCCGAUCUCGAGACCCUCAUCUCGUUGACGGGCUUGUAUGGCAUGAACACGACCGUGCCGUACAGCACCGUUGUGCCCGGCUUCUGGUGCGAGCUCUCGCCCGCCCAGAGGUCCAGGUCCGACCACCAGAACAACAGGUCCUGGCGGCUGCAGAAUACGUCCUCCACGUGGGACGAGCACGUGCUGGAAAUGACCAUGCCGUACAGCGUGUCCCUCGCGCACAUCGAGUUCGGCUUCACAUUGCACGCGCCGAGCAGCGGCAACCUGCCCGUGAUACAGGUCACGCUGCUCAAACAGAACCUGCACGGCAUCGGCUACAAGAAGGACGCGUCCUUCGGGCAGCGGUCGGACUCGCCGGUCCACUUCCCGGUGAUCGACGCCGACUUGCCGAGCGUCGAGAACCCGGUGAACAGCGAGGAGUACCUGCAGGCGCACAACGCGGAGAUACUCGCCGGGCCGCUGCUGCUGUCGUCCGGCUUGGACCUGACGCAGCAGUCGGGCACUCUGAUCCUGACCAGCCCGCGCCUUUUCCGCGCCAGGGGCAGGACGUUCCUGAUCCACAUAAAGACGCUCUUCGACCCGGCCAAGGACAUGGCCAAGGGCCCGAGCAGCAGGGGCGGCGAGGGCUCGAAGAAGUCCGGCUUCAUCGGCUGCGACUGGCUGCACCAGAUAUCGAUAACGGUGCGCUCGAGCCCGCACACCGAGGUGCCGAUGGAGAGGCAGCAGCGGAUCGCGAUGCUCGAGUCGAACGCGUUCCUGAACACCUUAUGCGAGAUUGCGACCUCGAAGGGGGGCAACGAGGAGAGGAAGCUGGCGCUGGACCUGCUCAACUGGGUGCUCUCGAUCAGGCUCCAGCGGAUGCGCUUGGCGACGGCCGACAAGGGUAAAGACAAGGAAGCGGAGAGUCCGGUGGAAACGCAACAGCUGGAGUGCGUCGCCGUCAUAGAGAAACAUAUCGAAGCCCUCGUGAGGAAUUGCAUCCUGUGCGCAAAUAGGAGCAUUGCGAAGAAGUGCGUCAAAAUCAUCCUCAUCACGAGCGAGGGCGUGAAGCAGCUGCCGCGGCCGUGGAAGUGCGCGUUCGAGCAGCGGCUGGCGGGCAGCGUGCUGGCGUGCGUGCCGUACGUGGGCGCGUGCUCGUCGGGCGCAGCGCUGCGCUGGCUGGUGGCGCUCGCGCAGCACGCGGUGCCGCGCAGCGCUGCGCCCGACCUGGUGGCGCGCUGCCACGCGCUGCUGCACUCCGUGGCGAGGUGCCUGCACGCGCGCCCCGACGUCUACCACCACCUGCUGCGCGCCAGGUUUGGUCUAUAUGGGCUCCCGCUGGAGCGCACUAUCUUCAUGACGGAGGGCCCCGAACUGGGUCGCGGCGCCGCCAACGGUCCCUCCUACCCCACCAACGGCUCUGACGACCCCAACAACCCCACCACCGUCAAGCCUGACUAUCAGCUCAAGGAUCUACUCAACCUGCCACCCGAUUUGGAUGAUGUAGUGACGGAAAGGAGCAAUUUCAGAGGCGAAGAGCGGCGCGUGGUGGGCGGCGGGCCCGUGCGGCGCGGGGGCGGCGGCGGGGCGGGCGAGGCGCUGGCGCUGCACGUGAGCAGCUACGUGGCCUCCGACGGCACCAAGCUGGAGUCGGCCGCCGCGCGCCACCAGCCGCCCGUCGUCAGCGCCCUGCCGCCGGACGCGCACCAGUUAUGGGCUGUCGUUAAAGAAGGCCAGGCAAAGCAAUCGUCCCAGAACGCCGAUUCCCUUGAUGAUAUUGAAAGCUCAAUGAUGGAGUGCGAUCCUCAAGAAAAACUUGAGUUUUCUGACGACAAAUUCUUUAAGGAGCAGGAGGAGUGCGGCAUCCCGUGGGCGGCGCUGGUGGGCCGGCCGCCGCAGCACACGCUGGUGGUGGAGCGGAUGCACUCGGGCGCGCGGCGCUACAUCGUGCUCGACUUCGGACACACCGUGCGCCUCACGGACGUGAUCAUCCCGUCGUGCUCGGACCUGGUGACGCUCUGCAUAGACAUCUGGGUGGUGGGCGAGGAGACGGACUGCGUGAAGCUGGCCUUUGCCACGGACAUCACGACGAAACACCUCGUGCUCACCGACAUCCAGCCGCCGCCUCUGUGCAGAUACAUGAAGAUAACAACAAUCGGACGUUACGGCAUGUCGGCGAUGAAGUGCAAGAUCCCGCUUGGCUGGUUCUAUGGCGAAAUCGCCGAAAUCGCUAACGUGCAAGCCUCCAUAAACGCCUUGAACGCGCUGCACCAAGACCUUAGCUGCCGUUUCAGGUUGGCAACUGGAAAGUUGAUGGAUCUUCUGAAUCCAUACUUGGACCUGUACAACGGGAACGCCGCCCACAUGAUGGCGUACUUCAACCUGAGCUACGACACCGACCCCAAAGUGAUCACGGCGUACCAGGAGUGCAUAGACCUGCAGCAGCAGUUGCACAAUUGCAACAACAUACUGAAGAGGCUGCAGAACACCUCCGACUGCAACGAGCGCGCCGUGGAGCUGAUCAGCAAGGGUCUCGUCACGCCUGAGUCGCUCGUCGAGAAGGCCUCUACCGACAAGUUGCGCGUCAUCGGAGAGAACAUCGUCGACAUGCUCCUAUACUUUGUCUUCCAAAUGGACGACGUGCAAUACCCCGAGGUGAGCGGCGAGUGGUGCGCGGCGGUGUGGUCGCUGGUGGGCGCGUGGGGCGCUCGCAGCGCGGCCGCCCUGGGCACGCUGCUGGCGCGCACCUGCGGCGGCGCCCCCUGGUGGGGCGACCGCCUCUGCGACGCGCUCGCCGACGCCUUCGCCCCCCACGACGCCCCGCCGUGCCCCAUCGACAGGUGCCUGGUGAUGGUGAUGUACAUGUGCCGCAAGAGCAUGUACGCGCACGCCGUCGGCGGCGGCGGCGGCGGCGCGGGCGUGGCGGCGGCGCUGGCGUCGCGCGUGCUGGCGCUGCUGCAGGGCGCCGAGCCGCGGCCCGCGCCGCUCGCCGCGCUGCUCACCGCGCUCGCGUUCGUGCUCGACGCCGCGCAGCCGCCGCCGCCCCCGCUGCCGCACACCACGCCCGCCGCGCAGCGGCACAAGAGAUGGGAGUGGGUGAGCGGCGGGCUGGCGGGCGCGGGCGGCGCGGGCGGCGCGGCGGGCGGCGACGCCUCCUCGGAGCGCGCCGACUGCAAGCUGCCGCGGCGCAAGCUGCACAAGAAGCUGCUGCACCAGAUGCACGAGAUCGAGGCGGCGCGCCGGGGCGUGCAGCUCGCCUUCGAGGAGCAGCAGCGUGCCCGCCUAAAUCUGAAAGCGCGAAUGGCGAUGGUCGGCAAGAGAGGCGGCGGUGGCGGGGGCGGGAAGUGCGAGGAGUCGGAGCGGGCCCUGCGCCUGCUGAGCCCGGCGCUGGCCAUCCAGCUGGCGCAGGCGCUGGUGGCGCACAUGCUCGCCAUGGACAGCACCAUCGCCGGAGAGUCGCUGCUGCUCUGCGCCAAGGUGGUGGGACGGUUAUGCUCCGCCAGCGGCGGUGCUUCUCUGCUGGAGCCUGCCAGCGUUCUGGGUCUGGCGCGGCUUGCGGUGACCCUUCCCGCCUGGCCCCGCCACGCGCUCACUACAUUGCUACAGGACCUGGUGGAGUACGAGAACGCGGAGGUGCCGCUGAGCCCCGGCGGCGAGGAGUGGGGCGCGGGCUGCUCGCGCAUCGUGCGCGUGCCGCACGAGGAGCCGCCCAGGGCGCGCAAGCCCAAGGGCGCCACCGUCGCAGAUGUGCUCGCGGACAGUUUCGGUCUGGCGAAGACCAGCUACAAUGCCAAGUCAAAACUUAUCGCGACCUCGAUCGCGCUCACAAACUCGAUCAAGGAUAUGGAGUACAGUCUCAGUCAAGUGAUCGAGUCGGAUGACUCUGAGAACGACGAGAAACCCGAUUUGGACUUCCUCGAUGCAAUAAAGAAGGACAGCAAGACGAAGCCCACGGUAGACAAUUACAACACUAGCAAUAUCUCGUGCUGCGUGGACGCGCGGUUGGAGAGCGGCCCGGCGGCUGCGGGCGAGGCGCUGGCGCGGCGUCUGCUCGCCUCGACGGCGGGCGCGCUACUGGCUGCGCUGCGCGCCUCCGUGCCGCCGCGCCACACCCGCCCCCCGCCCCCCUCGCCCGCCAUCCCGCCAAACGCCCCGCGCGCUCACCCCUCCCUCGCGCACACCCUCUACGACGUCUUCCGCCACCUGGCGCUCGACUUCCCGCAUCAGAGGGACUGCAACUUCAUGGAGAACGUCGUGUCGCUGUGGCUGACGCUGAACGGGUCCGCGUGGGGCGGCACCAGCGCGUGGUCGCUGGCCGCGCUCGCAGUGCCCGCCGACGCGCCGCGCGUGCGCCUCGCGCCCGACACCGUCACCGCGCUGCUGCACCAGCUCUGCACUUUGGAAAACAUCUCUUUACGGUGUUGGGUACUGUCGAUGCAAGCCUUGGCGUGGAUUGCGGGCUUACCGUUACAUGCGGAAGGCAGCUCGCAGACAAUCGGCCGCGUGAUACUCGAAUGCGAGUACUUUGUUCCCGCCCUGGUGAGGUUCAUCUCUAUCGACGUCAACGCUGACGGCGCUGUCAACUCAUCAGAGCCUUACCUUUCGUCGGCGUGCGCGGGCGCCGGGCUGGGCGCGGCGGGCGCGCUGCAGGCGGUGCUGUCGCGCGUGGUGAAGGCACGCGGCGGGGCGGGCUCGCUGGUGGCGCUGCGCACGCUGUGCGCGCUGUGGGAGCACCCGCCGCCGCACGCUGCGCACGCCGCUCCGCGCGCGCUGCACGGCCACGCGCUCGACCUGCACGCUGCGCUGCUGCGCGCUGCGCACGCGCUGCUGCCCGCGCUCGCGCCGCACAACGUGCAACCACGGCCUGCCGCUCAUACGCUCCAUAGCACGUGGUGGGUGGUGGGCGUGGGCGGCGGGCGGGCGGACAGCGCGGCCGAGGCGCGGCUCACGGGGCUGCUGGCCGACGUGCUGGCGGCGGGCGCCGCGCCCGCCAGGCGCGUGCCGCCGCGGCGCGCGCUGCUCGCGCAGCUGCUGCACUUCGCGCGCAGGCUGCUCGCCGCGCCGCUGCCGCACGACGAACACCCGUCCGGGAGCGGUAGUGGUACCUGCGAACAGUCACAGACGGACGAGAGCAAGGCCAUGGGAGCUCCCGACGGCACCAACCUCGAAGACGAGCGUAAACACGUGCCACGCCCGCCCUGCCUCGCCGACACUGUUCUGCAAGAUGCUGGAAUCAUGGAGAGUUUCUACAAUACCUUAUCAAUGUGCGACGGACUGAACACGUUACUUCUUAAUUCAACUGGAACCAAUUACGAAACACCCAACGAGUAUUCUUCGUUGAAGGAGGAGAUGUUUUGGCUGGUGGCACAAUUGUCAACUGUUGCCUGCAACCCUGCCCUCAUGGUGCCAAGUCUUAUGGACUUCCUCAGGAAGAAGGAAUUGGUCCACUUAUCUCAAGCAAUGCAACAGCUAAUUGUGAAGCUGCUUGACAAGCCAGAGGCACUGUCCGCUUUCAUAGAUGCUGGGGGUCUGGAGCUCUCAGUUGAGAAACUUACCGCUUGUCACCAGUCGGGCCCGAGCAACAGCCACGGCCUGGUGUCCUCGCUGAUGAACCACCUGAAGGUGCCGCCGCAGCUGAUCAACAUGUCCACGCCGGCCGGCGCCGCCAAAAAGUCGCAGCCGCCCGUCACCGAGACCGGCAACGGCCUCGUCAACAUCGCGCCGCUAUGCACCGUGUCGUGCGACAACCCCACUGCGCAGGCGGCGGACGUGCUGCUGGAGGGCGGCGGCGGCGGCGGCGGGGGCCCGUGCGCGGCGCGGCGCGUGCGCGCGGCCGCCUGGUCCUACCACUUCUUCAGCGCGGACGACGCGUCGCUGGCGCUCACGCUCUCGCUGCCGUACGCGGCGCAGCUGCACGAGGUGCAACUGCAGCCGCACCUCACCAGCCUGGCCACGUGCCCGGGCGCGGUGGGCGUGGAGGCCGGCUGCUCGGGGCCUCUGGCGCCGCUGGGGCCGCCGCAGGCCACGGCCGGCAUGACCUUCAUCCGGCUGGUGCUGGCGCGGCCGGUGGUGGCGUCAACCGUUCAGCUGCGCCUCUACAAGCCGCGCGACAGCUCUUAUAUGGGCCUGCUGCAGCUGCGACUCAUCGUCGCGCCCGCAUUCGCCGCGCCCACGCACCUGGCGCCCAAUGGCAUCACCAACAACUGGGCGAGCGUGGUGGCGGCGUGCACGCGCGCGCCGCUCGAGCGCGAGCGCUGGGCGCGCGUGGGCAGCGCGGCGUUCGUGCGCGCGCUGUGCGCCGCCGUGCUGGCGCCGGGCGGCGGCGCGGGCGCGGGCGCGCACGCGCAGCUGCACGCGCACGCGCACGCUGCGCACGCCGCGCACACGGCGCUGCUGGCCGCGGCGCGCGCCUGCCCCGAGCUGCGCGCGCCGCUGCUGCACACGCUGCUCGCCACCGACGAGCACGCCUACGCCCACGCGUUCCAGAUGUUCGGCGGUGGCGGCGGCGGUGGCGGAGGCGGCGGCGGGGACGGUGCGGGCGGGCGCACGGGGCGCAGCGUGCAGGCGGUGUGCUGGGCGGCGCGCGCGCUGUGCCGCCGCUGCCCCGACGGCUCGGCCGCCGCGUUCGUGCGCUGGCUGGCCGGCGUGGCCGCGCCGCCGAGGCGACCGCCCUCCGCCGCGCUGCUGCACACGCUCGCCUCCGUGCUAUGGACACUGAAAGAAGAACGUUUACUGGACAAUUUAGAGGAACUUAUAACUGACGAGCUGUUUGAUCUUGUCUAUGCCUGGGUGCAAGAUGUUGUGGAAACCAGUCUGUUGAAGAAAGCGCUUGAUGCCAUAUUAUGCACAAUGUGCUAUAUAAGACCAGAUCUCUUCAAGAAGAUGUUGGAAUAUGUUGGAGUUUCUAUCGACAAUGACGAAAGCAUGGAGGGCCUGACGGACGACCGCAAGGUGCGGCGGCCGGGCGCGGACUGCGCGGGGCCCGCGGAGGGGGGAGGGGAGGCGGCGCUGCGCAUCGGCGGGCGGCAGCUGCGCACGCUGGCCGCCGCCUCGCUCUCGCCCGCCGCCACGCUCAUGCUGCUGCACUCGCAGCUGCCCACGGCGCUGGUGCGCUGCGUCGCUGAUUACAGCGAGGCCAAGCUACAGUUAAUUAAGGAUCAGCUGAAUACUCAAGAGGACGUACAUAUGGCGGAAGCUGACAAGUAUAUAGACCAGACUAAACAACUAGCGUCGAUGGGCCACAUCAGCGACGUGGUGGAGUGGGCGCGGCUGAUGUGCGUGGACCGGCGGCUGAAGGAUUGGCUGGGCGGCGCCGGAUGCGGCUUCUGGAAGCCGCUGCUGAGGCUGCUCUGCUAUCCAAGACCGCCGGACAGUACGUGGAAAGAGAGCGCGGAGUACGCACAACUGGAGGAGAACACGAUAAGACUCUUCGCCGAACUAACGGUCUGCCACGUCGCGAAUCAGAAACUGUUUGCGGCAACACUUCACAGUAUUUUAGAGUCUAUGCAAAGUACGAUCGGGCCGGAGGGCCUGUCGGGGUUCACGCGCGCGCUGAUCCUGCGGCUGGUGCUGUCGUCGGAGCGCGGCACCGUGGCGCUGCGCUGGGCGGGCGCCGGCGCCGGCGGGCUCGGCUGCGGCGCGCCCUCCGCCAGCGCCGCCCCGCACCCUGCCACGCACUGCCACGCGCUGCUCGCGCUGCCGCUGCACACCACCGUGCGCACGCUGCUCACCGAACACCGGCCGCCGCUGCCCCUGAUGGACGAGGCGGCGAAAGUGUGCGUGAGCGCCCCGACGGUGAGCGGCGCGCCGUCCGUGCUGCGCAGCGCCUCGGACACGGCCAUCAUGACGGUGGCCGAGGCGUGGGAGCUGAGCCUGGCCGCGGCCAGCGCCUCCAAGGACAAGCGCGUCAAGGACGUCAAGAACACCUCACUCAAGCAGCAGGGCACCAAGAAGCGCGGCGCCAAGCCCGCCAACGACCCCGCCGUGCUCUCCGUCACCGACGACUUCAUCGAGACCACGAUCCGCGUGCAGGUGGCCGGCAUGGAGGGGUUCGUGCCUGGCCAUGUGACCCUGGCCCAGCUGUGCGCCUCCAGCCCGCACGAGUUCGGGCCGCACCUCACGCUGGCGCUGCACCUCAACACCAACGGCGAGGCGAGGACCGGUCCGGCGUGGGAGGCGAGCAGCGGCAGCGGCAGCAGCGCUUGCAGCAGCGGCGCGAGCAGCGCCGGUGGCAGCAAUGGCGGCAGUGGCGGCGCCGGUGGCAGCGCGGGCGGGGCGUGCAGCGGCGCCGAGGCGGGCGUGCUGCGCUGGUUCGGGCUGUGCGGCGGGCUGGCGCUGGUGGCGGCGCGGCUGCCGAGGCCCCACGCGGCCCCCGCCCCGCCGCCCGCGCCCCACCCGCAGCACCACGACCACGACUGGGUGAAGCUCGACGACCCCCACGCGGAGGUGGUGGAGCUGGGCGCCGGCGGUGCGUCGGGGGCCGUGGGCGAGGAGCAGUGCGGCUGCGGCGGGGUGCCGGCGCACGCGCUGCUGGCGCUGGGCCCGCUGCUCAAGCUGCCCGGCUACGCGGCCGCGCUGCUCGACGAGGGCCCGCGCGCCGUGCACCUGCUGCGCCUGCUGCUCGGCGUCACGCACGACGAGGACGGCCGCAGCAUCGCGGUGGGCGGCGGCGGCGGCGGCGGCGCGGCGGAGGGCGGCUGGUCGCUGGGCACGCUGCCGUUCCGCGUGCUGGCGCGGCUGCUGGACGCGUCGCCGCCCGGCACCGACGACGGGCGCGCGCUGCGCGGGGCGCUGCUGAGGCUGGGCCUGGCGCGCCUGCUGCUCGCCUGCCUGGCCGUCUUCACGCACCACCGACCCGCGCCCGGCGAGAAUAGUCAGACGUCGAACGGUACCGGUAAACCGGAGGAGAAGAGUCAACUUUACUGGGCGAAGGGCACCGGCUUCGGCACGGGCUCUAUCCAGCAGUCUUGGAAUGUGGAACAGGCGUUAGUGCGACAACGCGUCGAGGAGGAGCACGUCACAGUGCUUCUGCAGGUGCUGGCCUCGUACAUGAACCCCGGCGAGCGCUGGCCGCCCGAGGAGGGCGCGCCGCAGCCGGCCGGCGAGACGGACGAGCGCGACCACCUGCUGCCCCAGGAGUUCAUCGACCUGCUCGCCGCCAGCUCGCUCGUGCCCGCCAUCUGCUCCUACCUUCGGAACGAUUCGGUGCUGGACAUGUCGCGGCACAUCCCGCUGUACGUGUGCGUGCUGCGCUGCGCGCGCGCGCUGCACUCGCUGCGCUGCCGGCGGCUGGCGCCGGCGCUGCGCCCGCUGCCGCGCCUGCUGGCCAUGAUGAGCCGCACCACCAACUCCUACGCCACCAAGCUCAGAAUGAGCAAGAAGAACAUUUUCGGGAAAAUGACGUAUAGCCAAAGAUUUAACACGUCGAGCAAUUGCGAGCUGUCCGAGGAAGACGAAGGUCUCGCGGCUCUCAUUGCUGAUAUUCAGGCGACGUCGGCGCUGAUGUGCCGGCCGGAGAGCGAGUCGGAGGCGGGCGGGGCGCCGCGGCCGCUCGGCGGCGCCACGAGGGAGGCGCGCUACAUCCACCUCAUGCGCACCAUGCAGUUCGAGACGUUCGAGAUGAUCGCCGAGUGCCCGGAGAACGGGUUCCGGUUCACGGUGCCGUACCACUUCGAGGGCACGGUGCGGGCGGCGGGCGAGCGCGCGCAUCCCGCGCGCAUGAAGCGGCUCGCGCAGGAGGCGGCCACGCUCGCCACCAGCCUGCCGCUCUCCUACUCCUCCUCGGUCUUCGUGCGCACCGACACGGACCGCCUCGACGUCAUGAAGGUGCUGAUUACGGGCCCGUCGGACACGCCGUACGCGAACGGCUGCUUCGUGCUGGACGUGUACUUCCCGGCGGAGUAUCCGGCGGUGCCGAUGCUCAUCAACCUGGAGACCACGGGCCGCCACUCGGUGCGCUUCAACCCCAACCUGUACAACGACGGCAAGGUGUGCCUCUCCGUGCUCAACACCUGGCACGGCCGCCCCGAGGAGAAGUGGAACGCGCACACCUCCAGCUUCCUGCAGGUGCUGGUGUCGAUCCAGUCGCUGAUCCUCGUGCCGGAGCCGUACUUCAACGAGCCGGGCUACGAGCGCAGCCGCGGCACGCGCGUCGGCAACAGCUCCUCGCUCGAGUACAACUCCAACAUCUACCAGGCGUGCGUGCGCUGGGCCAUGCUCGACCACCUGCGCAACCCGGAGCCCUGCUUCAAAGAGGUUAUUCAAACUCACUUCUGGAUAAAGCGAAACGAAAUAAUGCAAACCGUUGCGAAUUGGAUCACCGAGUUGGAGGGCCAGAGCGGCGACGAACGCACACAGCGCAGCAUACAGCUCAACCUAAUGGCGCUCAAACGGCACUACGUGAAGCUGCAAGAGGAGCUGGCCAAGCUGCCGGUGCCGGCGGGGCUGGAGGAGCUGGACGAGCCGUUCCAGCUUCCCGCCGCGCCGUCGCCGCCCCCCUCCGCGCCCGCCGCCCCCCUCCCGCCGCCCACCAGCGACGAGAUCGACCACGACAUGGAGAAGAUCGUCUCGCAGGUCCUCGAC